AUGGCAACAAGCAGUUCAAAGAAGCCUCAUGUGCCCGACGAGUUGCUGAAACAAAUCUUCAGCUCUCUGCAGCCGCCACUACCAGAAGUUCUAGGCCGUGCUCGUUAUGAGCAUAUCCAAUUCGCAAACGAAGAUGCAGAAGCAGUCAACCAAUAUAUGGCCACACACGAGCAGUUACUCCCAAGACUCAAGACGAAUGACGAGCAGCACAGGAUCGGCCUCUCCACUCUGAGCAGCAUCAUGCGUGUCUGUAAGCGUUUCGAGACUAUUGGUCGGCCUCUUUUGUACGAGAGUUAUCCUGGACAACCGCUUGCAGGACUUCAAGCAUUCAACCGCACACUCAUUGGUAGACCCGACCUGGCUCGCAUGGUGAAAUACAUCACCAUUGGCUGUUGGGAAAUCGACAUGCUCCAAGGGCUGGCCAAGUGGUGGAAGACAACAAUCAAAAAAGUUAGUUUCGGCCAGAAACUCCUUCCAGCUCUUCUCAAAAAGGCCGAGGCGGGACACGAAGACGCUCAAGUUGCGCUGCUGCUCUUCCUCAGCACCAAUGUCCACACCAUCGACCUUUCGGCUCCGGUACUUUUCCACAUGAGUCUGGUGAAAAGCCUCGUCAAGGAAACAGCACAAGAGAGACCAAAUACACUUUUCCGGGGCGAAACCGAAGACCUCUCACCCACAAUACCUGACACCCUACCGCUACGCAAACUGCAAUCUCUCGGCAUUCGCGAGGGAGACACAUCCCUGACUGUCAGCGUGAGUGCAUUCAACGUGCUGUUACAACUCCAGACCAUUACGUGUCUCACGCUGUACCGUCUUGGCUGCAGUCAUGAUAUCUUACCUCCCAUGCCGCAAUUGCAGGAGCUUUGUCUGUGGAGAUGCACGCCAGACGCCGACUUCUGCGAAUCCUUGAAAAUCUGCAAGGGUCUCAAGUCGCUCAAGAUCAUCUGGCCGGGCAUGGGCAUUGACUAUAUGAAGAAUGUGUAUACCUCCGACACGACCAUCGACUACAAGUACAUUGGAGACAUGAUCAGCGAAAACUUUCCCUUGUUGGAGAAGCUCGUUCUCGACCCACGCGAGGCGGAUUUGUACGGAGCAUCCUGCACGCAGCUGCACAGUCUACGACUCACUUCAAUGAGGUACUUGAAAGAGCUUAGUGUCGAAGCUCAAGCCCUUUGGGACAAGCAUACCGCGGAUGAUCGUGCGCCAUGGGAGAUCGAGGUUCCAUUGCCACGCCUUGAGCAUUCGCUGCCUCCAUCAAUCACCAAGCUUGCCGUCUUGGUUCAUCGCCGUGGAGUUCAUGAACCAGCAAUGGCCGCAGAACGGACCAAGUUGCCGAGGAAUCAGAUGCUCAUCCUCAAUUGCUGUCUGAUGUACCUUGUGGAUGCUCCGAGCAGUCUACGUUCCAUGCAUCUGGAUAUGCCAUAUCAUGAAGUUCAAAAUGGAUUCACGGGACUUGAGGAUCUGUUCAAGGAAGUAGGAUUCGUGCACGGUGUCAUCAACGCRGAUCCUGAAGUCCAGAGGGUCAGUCCAGUGGUGGGAUCUAUGACGCCAAAAGAACAGCGGGUCAAGUUGCGGGAAUCGUUCGACAUGUGGCUCCCUGAGACUGAUAGCUGGUGUACCGUCAUCAUCAGAAAGUCAGGAGAUGUCAAGUCGGAGACUGAGCUGAAGAGCUGGAGGGCUGUCUUGGAUGACAAAGUCGAGGGAGCCCGGGAUUGGGAUUGUCAGGGCCGCUGA